UUUUUCUCAUAGGGGAUCAGAGUGGUUUUCCUUGGAGAUGGAAAAUCCGCCCGCCGGGUUUUAUCAAUUUGCAAAUUCUUCCGCGGUUAGUUAAAAGAAUGAAAUUGGCUGAUAUUAUGACGAUACUAGGUAGUAUAGAUAUCAUUAUGGGAGAAGUUGAUCGUUGAAAUGAUAAUUGAUACACCGGAAGUACAAGAUAUCGAUUCUUUUUCUAGAUUAGAAUUUUUUAAAGAGGUUUAUGGAAUUCUAUGGGUUCUUGUUCCUAUUUUGACUCUUGUAGUGGGAAUCACAAUAGGCGUACUGGUAAUUGUAUGGUUAGAAAGAGAAAUAUCGGCAGGGAUACAACAACGUAUUGGACCUGAAUACGCCGGCCCUUUGGGAGUUCUUCAAGCUCUAGCAGAUGGGACAAAACUACUUUUCAAAGAAAAUCUUUUUCCAUCUAGGGGGGAUACUCGUUUAUUCAGUAUCGGGCCAUCCAUAGCAGUCAUAUCAAUUUUAGUAAGCUAUUCAGUAGUUCCUUUUGGAUAUCACCUUGUUUUAGCGGAUCUCAAUAUCGGUGUUUUUUUAUGGAUUGCCAUUUCCAGUAUUGCUCCAAUUGGACUUCUUAUGUCGGGAUACGGGUCAAAUAAUAAAUAUUCCUUUUUAGGCGGUCUACGAGCUGCUGCUCAAUCGAUUAGUUAUGAAAUACCAUUAACUUUAUGUGUGUUAUCAAUAUCUCUACGUGCGAUUCGUUGAUACAUAGACAGAAACUUUUCUCUAUUCCUUCCUUUCAAGGAAAGGGUUGGAAUGGAUUGAGUAGAUAUCUUUAUUUUUUUUUAUUCAUUAUUCGGGUUGAUGAACUAAAUCAAAUAGUUAUAUGAGUGAAAGAAAACAGCUUAUAUAUAAAUUCGCAGUAAAAAGAUUGAUUCUCAUUUUCUAUGUAUAAGAGUUAGAGAGUUAAGCGGAAAUAAACAUAAACAGAAGAGACCGUUUCCCCCAAGAUUGGUUGAUUAGUCAUCCUGACUUGAAGCGGGUUCAAAAGAUCAACCGUAUUGAGUUUUCACUAUCAUUUUUAUGUAUUAGCAUAACGGGGGAUUGAGCAAAAACGAGUGGAUGGUUAGAAACACGAACAUAUGGAAAGGAUUAGUAAUGGAGAUUAUGUAAAUUUUCCAAAAGGACAUUUUUACAUAAUAUACAAACAAAGAAUACUAAUUGGGGCUUUAAGUUGGUAGAAAUGAUCAGGCAGUACUCCCCAUGACACGAUUCCAAUCCAGAGUAUACUCCUAUCCACCGAUUUAAUAAAUAACUAUUCGAAACGAAAUAAUCCUUUACUUUAUUUUGAAAGCCCUCUUUUUCUCAGAAAUAGAAAGAAGAAUAGGAACGAAAAAAAAAAAAGAAAAGAUAUACUUUAUUUAUUCUUUGUUACUUUUAUUCUUUCCCAUAUACAUAUUAAUAGAUAUAUAAUUUGUGUCAUAAUUCAUUAAUUAAUAUAGAAUUUUUUUUUUUCGUACGUGAAACCAACGGGUUAUUGAUAUUUUUACAAGAAGUAUUUUAUUGAACAGUUAAGUUAUUACUGAACAAAGAAGAAUUGAAAUUAUUAUUGAAAUUAUUAAAUUAAAGAAAGGAUGAGAUCAAUUCAGAAGUACUUUUUUUUAUUUAAUUUUGAAUUAAAAUAAUUAUAACAGACAGAAUUCAAUUGGUCUAAUUUGGGACCGGCCGAUAGUUAUCCAUCCUACAAACAUAUCAAGAUUCAAAAAAGAAUACUGACGCGGUCCCUAUAU